AUGGCCACCCAGGAGUCCCCAGAGGCACCCAGCGUCAUCAUAGACACGCAACCCCUUCUUCCAGACUUGCGUCUUAUCUCUAGAGGCAAAGUCCGCGACCUUUAUGAGACAUCGAACCCAGAUGCUAUCCUCUUCGUUGCCUCCGAUCGAAUCAGCGCUCACGAUAUUGUCAUGAGAAACGGCAUACCUGGAAAAGGGAAGAUUCUGACGAGAAUCUCGCUUUUUUGGUUAAAUUUCUUCGACGAAUAUGUAUCCACCCACCUUAUUACAGCCGAUGUCGAUGAGAUGCCGGAGGAGGUGCGCAAGUACAAGGAUAUCCUCCAAGAACGAUCCAUGCUUGUGAGGAAGGCUGAAGUUUUACCGAUCGAGGCAAUUGUAAGAGGCUAUCUCACUGGUUCAGCAGCCGUGGAAUACCAAAAGUCAAGAACUGUGCACGGUAUCGAACUACCCCAAGGCCUCCGAGAGUCAGAGAAGCUUCCCCAGACCUUGUUCACACCUUCUACCAAGGGCGCUCCCGGAAUGCACGAUGAGAAUAUACACCCAAAUAAAGGUUCGUACCCAAUCCUUCCGAUGUCCCUGUGCCCGCAUCAAAGCGGCCUCUCAUCACCUGCCCUCAUGUUAUUUCUUCGUGUGCCCCUUGCCUCUUUGCAACCAAAACACACAUAUCCAGCUGCCGACCUGUUAGGUAGUCCGGUGGCAGGGCGUGUUGCCCGCUUGUCUGUCGAGUUGUACACCCGUGCUGCCCAGCGUCUGAAGCAGCGCGACGUCAUUCUGGCGGAUACCAAAUUCGAGUUCGGUUUUGUGCGAUCCAUUCCGUCGUCCCCUUCAUCCCCUUCUUCACCCAUCUCUUCUGAUUCCUUCGACGACGACCCGUUCAGAGAUAAAGAACUCGUCCUUGUCGACGAGGCUGUCACUCCUGAUUCGUCUAGGUACUGGCCUCUGGAAAGUUUCAAGGUUGGACAACAGCAGCCCAGCUUCGACAAGCAGUUCCUGCGAGACUGGCUGAUUAGCCAGGGCUACAAGAAAGGAUUGGAAGGAGGCCCUGAUGGACAGGGGUGGACCAUGAGUCCCGAAGUUGUUGAAGAGACUGCACAGAGAUACAGAGAGGCGGAGAGGCGAGUCCUGAGUCGAUAG